ACACACACACACGAAUGAUAAACACAUAACAUUUACAUAACAGUGUUCCAAACAAAAUCCUGUCAAUUUAGGCUCCUUUUGGCCGAUUCGUGCGGAAUCUAAAUCAAAAGCAAUCAAAAUUCGCAAUUUCCCGCAUCGCCCUUGAUAAUGUGCGUGCUCGUUCGGACCGACAGUUGAUCGAAAAGUGCAAAAAUGUGGUCUCAAGGUGUUGGCAUUGGCCUUCAACGCAACGCUCGUCUCUUGAUCAUCGUUAAAAAUAGCUCUUAUCAGUAUCGAUGGUGCAGCAGUGUGAAGCCAGGUCCCCUACACGUCUUACAAGAUCGUGUCAAAAAGGGACAAUUGCUUGCUGAUGGGCAUCAAUUACGUGUCGCACAGAGUUUGCAAGUAGUUUUCGAGAAAAUACGUGGAUAUCAACCUGUACCUGUGACGAACGACUCUUCCGUCUCGAAAUGGUUUAAUAUCUUCGGAAAAUCAGAUGCGGAUAAGAAAAGCAGUAAGGAGAGGGAUAAAAAUCUCCCGAAAGGACUUUACAUCUAUGGAAGUGUUGGCGAAGGAAAGACCAUGUUGAUGGAUUUGUUCUUCGAUUGUUGCACGGAAAUUCCGCAAAAGUCUCGGGUGCACUUUAACUCGUUCAUGGUUGAUGUUCACAAGCAGAUUCAUGAAGUGAAGCAACAAUUAGCGGCAGCGGGUGAGAAAACGCGGGAUUAUGAUCCUAUUAAGCCAGUUGCUGAACGUAUCGCUGCCAAAACGUGGCUCAUUUGCUUCGAUGAGUUCCAAGUGACGGAUAUUGCGGAUGCGAUGAUCCUCAAACGACUUUUCACGCACAUGUUUCAUAAUGGAGCUGUCGUUGUGGCCACAAGUAAUCGAUCGCCCGACGAUUUGUACAAAAACGGCUUGCAACGAAGUAAUUUCGUGCCAUUUAUUGCGGUGCUAAAGUCCCAUUGUGACACUGUUAUGCUCGAUUCAGGCACAGAUUAUCGUGCUUCGAAGUUGGGAAAGGGAUCUGCGCAUUAUUAUGUUAAAACUGAAUGCGAUGCCAACGAUUUGAUGAAUAAAACGUUCAAAAUCCUCUGUUCGAAGGAAAAUGACACAAUUCGACCGAAAACGUUCACUCAUUUGGGCAGAAAUUUAACUUUUGAAAAGACCUGUGGACAGGUUCUCGACACAAAUUUCAACGAAUUAUGCAAUCGCGCCCUUGCCGCAAGCGAUUAUCUCGUUCUCUCGCAGUAUUUCCACACGAUUCUCAUCCGCGAUGUACCUCAGUUAAAUUUAAAAGUAAAAUCGCAAGCACGUCGUUUUAUUACGCUCAUCGACACGUUAUACGACCAUCGAAUUCGUGUCGUAAUUGCCGCCGAUGUGCCUCACAAGGAUCUCUUUUCGAAGGAACGUCCCGAGGAUUUGCACGAAAGCGACGAACAUCGCAUGCUGAUGGACGAUUUGAAGUUGUCGAAAGACUCGACAGACGUUUCUGCCAAUAUCUUUACGGGUGAAGAGGAGUUGUUUGCUUUCGAUCGAACGUUGUCGCGUUUGGCGGAGAUGCAAACGGAGGAAUAUUGGAAACAAUGGGAGAAAUAUCGAUAAAUCCUACUUUUUUUUGACGUACUUAACUCGCAAUCGUACAAAUUUCGUUUUGUAUUGUAAAUUUGUAAGCCACUUAUAACCCAGAUGAAAAUAUUUAUUUUUUUUUCAGUUGAAAUUUCACGAAGAUUUUCCCAAUUAGAGAAAUUUAUUUAUUUUUUGACGCUUUUUUGUUCACAAAGCAAUCUAAAUAAUAAAAAUUUUUAAGCAAUGACG